GGCAAUACUGAACUACAGUUUUGGCAUUUUGGUGCAAACACAAUAUUUAACGAAUUCUGACGCACUUUUAUUUUGAGUAUUUUCUGAACACAAGCCUGCUGUAUUUAAAAAAAGCUUUUUUCAAAAUAAAUGUAUUUUUUCUAAUAGCGGAGUGAAAAGAGCUUGAACAAUUUUUUUUUUAGAAAAAUUGUUGAUAAAGAACGACUGAGCAAGAACGUCAAAUAGUGUGAAAGUGGCUAUUCAGACAACAUAUGCGUGUAGAAAGCAACCGAAAACUACAAAAAAAAUAUAGGGGAGGUUCCAACUAGUCUUUCUGAUUAAAUAUAUAUCGCACAGCCUGUUUUGCAGCUUCAUAGCCAGCGAUGGAGUCUCCUCCAAUGUUCAACAGUGUUGAGGAUGAAUGUCGGUAUUGGAAAGAACGCGCAAAACUUUAUCACAAAGAAUGGACAGAUGUGAAACAGGAAUACGACGAGUACGUGGAACAGUCUCGACAGAUGGAGGCGGAAAUGGAUGCUACACUUGAUCAAAAACAGGGUAUAAUUAAAGAUCUCAGAUUGACACUUUCUUCACUUGAGAAGGAAAAUGAAUCCUUAAAGCUCAAAUUACAGUCCCAUGGCAUUGAAUUAGCCAAUACAGAGAGACAAUUGGAAAAUUUGAAAAAUGAACGAGAUACUCUGAAAGUGUACCUGCGACAGUUGGAACAAAAGAACGAUGAUCUAGAAAGGGCACAUCGUAUACUCAACGAAAGCAUUGCAGACUUUGAAAGAAUGUUGGAUAAAGCUUAUGAAAAAAAUGCACUUCUUGAAAUGGAGAUGGAUGAAAAGGAAAUGCUGCAAGAGAAGCUACAAAGACUCAUGGAUGAAACAAGAGACUUAAAACAAGAACUGAAUGUAAAAACGCGUAACCCGUUAAAUGGUUCAGUUAGUAACUUAUCCGAAUCGACAACACUGUCCACAGUUGUACCAAUUGGCGCUGUAAAGGACAGUGACAUUACGCAUGAUACCAUCAGCCCCAAUAAUACCAGUCUGAAUAAGACCAGCCUCAGCAAUACCAGCCUUACAAAUAAUUUAAAUAACAGCACAACAGUUAUACCCAAUUAUGGUGAACAUCAUUCUUUAAAAAAAAAACCCCUUUCAGAUUCAACUAAUUUACUCAAUGGCAACGCAAUGACGCCCGGUUCUCGUACAACUGCUCUAAACAUUGUUGCGGAUAUGCUUCGGAAAUUGAAUUUGGAUAAGGCACUUUUAUGCCCUCAAUGUGAAAGGUUUCGUUGUAUCUGUGAUCGUUCCAUUGCUUCUGCCAACUCUACAAGCAGCUGUGCUUCCACACCUGUGGCCGGUAGUGUAGGCCGCCUUAGACGGAGUUUUACGAGCACAUUUGGCAGCACUAACUCCGUCGAUACAAAUGCUGCUGUGACCUCCUCUUCCACUUCCACCAACACCUCUUACGCCGAGUACGAUGCAGACGUUUCUGAAGUUUCCUUGCGACGUAUCGCAAGUCGUAGUAACUCGAGUCUAAAUUUCGGUUCAAAUAUUUUUAAGCGCUUUGCAGAGCGCAUGAGUGGAGGAAGUGGAAAUUUCCCAAAUUCAACUAAAACGCCAUUACCUGCAACAAAUUCAAACAUUUCGAAAGCGAAUGAACUAAAAUAAGAUCUUUACAUUUUGGUGUAUUUUUUAUUUUGUUUUG